GUGCGGAGCGCUGUGCGGAGCGCUGCGGGCGGCGGCCGAGGAUGAGCGGGUCGGGGCCGGGGGCGGGGCCGGGUUCGGCGCCCUGCCGCUUCGCGCACUACUUUGUGCUGUGCGGGUUGGACGCGGACAGCGGGCUGGAGCCCGACGAGCUGGCCGUUUUAUACCAGUGGCUAGAAGCAGAUCUUCAAGGCAAGAGCCACAAUGCUGCAAACAGAACCGCAGGGGAAAACUUUGACCAGAGUCCUUUGAGAAGAACCUUCAAGUCCAAAGUUCUGGCACACUACCCUCAGAAUAUAGAGUGGAACCCCUUCGAUCAAGAUGCCGUCAACAUGCUGUGCAUGCCUAAAGGCCUCUCCUUCCGGACCCAAGCGGACAACCGGGACGUCCAGUUCCACUCGUUCCUCAUCACCCGGGAGGACGGCUCGCGCACCUACGGUUUCGUGCUGACGUUCUACGAGGAGGUGACCAGCAAGCAGAUCUGCACGGCCAUGCAGACGCUCUACCAGAUGCACGACGCCGAGCGCGGCGGCGGCGUCUACGCCUCGUCCUGGCCCCGCGUCCCGGACUCCCCGGCCGGCGGCCCCGCCGGGGACCCCGCCGCCUCCCCGGCCCGGGCCCGGCGGGACGGCUCCUACGACGUCGGCAGGGACACCCUCUACGUCUCCAAGAGCAUCUGCCUGAUCGCGCCGCUGCCCUUCAUGCGGGCCUGCAAGAAGUUCCUGGGCCAGCUCUACCGGGCCGUGGCCUCCCGGCAGCCCCCGCCCCUGCCCCUGGAGAGCUACAUCCACAACGUCCUCUACGAGGUGCCCCUCCCGCCCCCCGGACGGUCCCUGAAGUUCUACGGGGUCUACGAGCCCAUCGUCUGCCAGAGGCCCGGCCCCGGCGAGCUGCCGCUCUCGGACUACCCGCUGCGGGAGACCUUCGAGCUGCUGGGCCUGGAAAACCUGGUGCAGGUGUUCACGUGCGUCCUGCUGGAGAUGCAGAUCCUGCUCUAUUCCCAAGAUUACCAGCGGCUGAUGACGGUGGCUGAAGGGAUCACCACGCUUCUCUUCCCUUUCCAGUGGCAGCACGUCUAUGUGCCCAUCCUGCCCGCCUCUCUCCUCCAUUUUCUCGACGCCCCCGUCCCUUACCUCAUGGGCCUGCAAUCCAAAGAAGGCGCGGACCGAUCCAAACUGGAACUCCCCCAGGAGGCCAACCUGUGCUUUGUGGACAUCGAUCACCAUUUUAUCGAGUUGCCCGAGGAAUUCCCACAAUUCCCUAACAAGUUGGAAUUUAUCCAAGAAAUCUCCGAGGUUCUCCUUCAGUUCGGGAUCCCUCCCGAGGGCAACCUCCACUGCAGCGAGAGCGCCGCCAAACUCAAGAACUUGGUCCUGAACGACCUGGUCAUUGACAAAAAGAACGGAAACGUGUCCCCCAGCACCCUCAGCGUGUACGAGCUCCUGAAGGGGAACGAGACCAUGGCCCGCCUCCAAGCGCUCGCCAAGAGGACGGGAGUCAGCGUGGACAAAAUGGCCCUCGCCGCCCCUCUGGUUGAGAAGGAAAAGGAUUUCAAGCUGCAGUGCGAAGAGUCGGAACUAAGGGAUUAUAAACUCAACGUUCAGCUCCGAGAGGUCUUCGCCAACCGCUUCACCCAGAUGUUCGCUGACUACGAGGCUUUCGUGAUCCAGACGGCGCAAGACAUGGAAUCGUGGCUGACCAACAGGGAACAAAUGCAGAACUUUGACAAAGCUUCCUUCUUGUCCGACCAGCCCGAGCCUUACCUUCCAUUCUUGUCGCACUUCAUCGAGACGCAGAUGUUCGCCACUUUCAUCGAUAAUAAGAUCAUGUCACAGUGGGAGGAGAAAGACCCCCUUCUUCGAGUUUUUGACUCCCGCAUCGAGAAGAUCAGACUGUAUAACGUAAGGGCUCCUGCCUUGCGGACUUCUAUCUAUCAGAAAUGCAGCACUUUAAAGGAAGCAGGUCAGUCGAUCGAGCAGCGGCUGAUGAAAAUGGAUCACACUGCCAUCCACCCUCAUUUGCUUGACAUGAAGAUCGGUCAAGGCAAAUACGAGCAGGGGUUCUUCCCCAAAUUGCAGUCGGAUGUCCUGGCAACGGGACCGACUAAUAAUAAUCGCUGGGUGAGCCGGAAUGCCACCGCUCCACGGAGGAAAGAUCGUCUCCGCCAGCACUCGGAGCACAUCGGGUUAGACAACGACCUAAGGGAGCCUUCCGAGGAGUUGUUGAUCUGUCAGAAUUCCAUGGCAUUCUGGGAGUGGGAUCAGGGGCUACCACCUCCUUCACGACUUCCAAAAAAAUCCUUCUCUGAGUGCUCCCUGAAAUAUAUGCAGGAGGCGAGAAGUUUGGGAAAAAAUCUGAGGCAACCGAAGUUGUCAGACCUUUCUCCGGCUGUAAUUGCCCAGACCAACUGCAAAUUCGUGGAGGGUUUACUGAAAGAAUGCAGAAUGAAGACAAAACGCAUGUUGGUGGAGAAGAUGGGCCAUGAAGCAGUGGAGCUUGGCCACGGGGAAGCCAACAUCACAGGCUUGGAGGAGAACACCUUAAUCGCCAGUCUGUGUGAUCUUCUGGAAAGGAUAUGGAGCCAUGGCUUGCAAGUCAAACAGGGGAAGUCUGCCUUGUGGUCGCAUUUAAUUCAAUACCAGGACAGAGAAGAGAAGCAAGAACACCUGGCUGAGUCUCCAGUUGCCUUGGGCCCAGAAAGAAGAAAGUCUGACUCUGGCAUUAUGUUUCCAACCUUCAGGGUCAAUCUUAUCCAAGACAUGAGACACAUUCAGAACAUGAGCGAGAUCAAGACGGACGUGGGGCGAGCCCGAGCUUGGAUCCGUUUGUCUCUCGAGAAGAAACUCUUGUCUCAGCAUCUCAAACAGCUUCUUUCCAACCAGCCACUCACCAGGAAACUCUAUAAGCGUUACGCUUUCUUGCGAUGCGAAGAAGAACGAGAGCAGUUCCUUUUUCACCUCCUUUCGCUCAAUGCCGUGGAUUAUUUCUGCUUCACCAGCGUCUUCACUACCAUCAUGAUCCCAUACAGAUCAGUCAUCAUCCCAAUCAAAAAACUGAGCAACGCCAUCAUCACCUCAAACCCGUGGAUUUGUGUCUCGGGGGAACUGGGAGACACGGGAAUAAUGCAGAUUCCAAAGAACCUCCUGGAAAUGACCUUUGAGUGUCAGAAUUUGGGCAAGCUGACGACGGUGCAGAUCGGCCACGAUAAUUCAGGACUAUUAGCCAAGUGGCUUGUCGACUGCGUCAUGGUCCGAAACGAAAUCACUGGACACACGUACAAAUUCCCGUGCGGGCGCUGGCUCGGGAAGGGCGUGGACGACGGAAGCCUGGAGCGCAUCCUCAUCGGGGAGCUGGUCCCGUCGCCGUCCAGCGAGGAUCUGGGGAAGCAGUGCCGGACUCCGCCCCAGCAGACGUCGCCCACGCUGGCCCGCAGGCUCAGCCUCACCUCUCUCACCGGGAAAGCGGCCAAACCCAAUGCCGGUCAAAUCCAAGAGGGAAUUGGGGAAGCCGUGAACAAUAUCGUGAAGCAUUUCCACAAACCCGAGAAAGAGAGGGGGAGCCUUACCAUAUUGCUUUGCGGAGAAAAUGGUCUGGUGGCUGCCUUAGAGCAAGUUUUCCAUCAUGGCUUCCGAUCCACUCGGAUCUUUCACAAGAAUGUGUUCAUCUGGGACUUUAUAGAGAAAGCUGUGGCUUAUUUUGAGACCACUGACCAAACCGGAGAUAACGAAGAUGACGCCCUUAUUCAGAAAUCAUCCUGCAAGACCUUCUGCCACUAUGUGAAUGCUAUUAAUACCGCCCCUCGCAACAUCGGGAAGGAUGGAAAAUUCCAGAUCCUGAUUUGCCUUGGGACAAGGGAUCACUUGCUUCCCCAGUGGAUUCCGCUCCUGGCCGAGUGUCCCGCCAUUACAAGGAUGUACGAGGAGACGGCCCUCCUCCGGGACCACAUGACCGUCAACUCCCUCAUCCGUGUCCUGAAGACGUUACAGGACUUCAACGUCGUCUUGGAAGGGUCCCUCGUUAAAGGAGUGGACGUGUAGCCGAGCUUUGCGGGGGACUCUGGAGCAUCGCUCUUUCCCCUCGUUUCCUCCCCGUUCUCCAGAUUCAAGACGUCCCCUUCCCACCCUCUCUCCCCCAUUUAGGGCCUUUGGGCUGUGGAGGUUAAGUCCCCCGAAAAGGCGGCCCCGCUGAGAUCUCCAGGCGAGGACCGGGCCGGGGAAGGCGGCUCUUUUACGUGCCCGACUUUGAACUGUCCUGAAGCUACAGGCAGGGUGAAUUGCAGUAUUGUAGUUCAUUUGAACCUGAGAUUUAGUAUGAAAUAGAGUAUUUUCGUGUGUUAGAUGUGUGUAAAUAUACUCUCUUCUUUAAGAAAUUAUAUUACUCUAAUAAGAAACCUUUUCUUAGACGGAAUGUUCUCGUGGCUGAAAAUAAGUAGCUUCAAAAAGCCAGGGAAGAGGGAAGGUGGGGAGGGGGGAGGGAGGGAAGAGAGUAGCUCUUGUCAGGAAGAAGCCAGUAACUGUGUAAAUAGAGGGCAAACCCUUUAGGGCUUUUUUCAGGAACACAGCAAGUAUCACUAUGUAGCCAUUACUGGGCUCGAAACCCAGCCUUGGGAAUGUGGGGAAUGUAAUCGCUUCGCCUACUGUACGCCCGUUUCCUCUUUUCGAUUCUGAAGGUCAUACACUGUCCCACUGUCCCAUUUGAGCUGCGUGCCACGUUUCAAAUCAGUGGAGUGGCUUUCACAGCCCAGCAGGAGAGGGAGAGUUGAUGGCAACGUCUGGAACGCCAGACGCGGGGAGGUCUGACGGGAACUCUCGCUGACUUGACUCCCUGUCGCGUCGUUCCAACUCGGCCACCUGCUAGGCCGUGCCGCUCCCCCACCUGAUUUCUAUCAGUUGAUAUUUGUGUUUCCGUUAUUUCGGGAACUUGGGGAAGAGGGGGAUUUCAGGACGUUCACCCUGUUUUCAUAGCUUCCAAGGAUGACACAGAUAGAGUCUCUGUGGGGCCACGUGAGACUUCUUGAGGGCAGAUACGAAGAGCAUCGUCCUCCCUGGGCUUUGGAAUUCGAUCUCGUUGAGAAUUAGAAUGAUAAUUAUGGUAUUUGUUAGGCGCUUACCAUGUGUGGAGCACUGCUCUAAGCGCUGAAGGGGAAGGAAAGGAUUUUGAUCGGAUGGCUCACGAUCACCUCCGGUCCGAGCUUUUGCUUUCCACUGGGGUGGUUGUCCAGAGGCAGAUGGGGCAACCUGGGCCUAUUCCAAGACAAAUUUUGGGUCACUUUGUUAAUUAUUUGGAAAUAGUAUUAUAUAAUGUACUGUUGAUAGCCAGCCUGCUUAACGGGAGGCAAGUUUGGGAGUCACCUAGUGCUGGGGCUGAAACGAUAAGUGUAAUUUUUUUUUCCCUUCAAAAUCUCCUGUAAAGAUAAGAUUCAACCUGUACAGGUAAAUGACUAGCUGGGCCUCAUCGGUCAUUUCUAGGCUUUGAAGAUCUGAGUUCCCAAAGUUGCCAAGAGGAGAAAGGGCUGUUGGGUGUUAGCAAGGACCCACAGUCCUCAGUGAAUCCCCACCUUUCUGCCUCCCCCCGACCCCACUAAUGGCAGGAUUGUUCUGAUUUCUAGGCAAGCUGAUCUAUACCUGGAGAGCCCUCAUGCUCCCUUCUAAAUCUUGAGUCGAAAUGCUUCACAGUUCAUCGGGUCACAUUUAAAAUGAACUUCUGGGGAGGCCUGUUUUAACUUCUAUUCAUUCGAUCACAUUUAUUGAGUGCUUACUGUGUGCAGAGCACUGUACUAAGCGCUUGGGAGAGUAACUUGGCCACCCUGAGUAAAGUUUUGUGUGUGCAUGUGUGUGUGUGAGAGAGAGAGAAAGCGAGAGAGAGUCUAGAAUUGGCCGAUUUGAUGAGCAGAGUUCUCUUAGGAAAAGUCAGGGUGGAUUUGGGAACUUGGAAAGUCUUGAAACUUUUAUGCCACCAAAAAUAACUAGAGAAGAAAAGUCGAAGUAAAGGAAAGCUUGUUUUUUUCUUUUCAUAAAGCGGUGAGAGGGACUUGGAUUUUCGAUCGUCAGGGCGGAUUGGAAAUGGGAAGAAAAGUAUGUGCUAUUUGAGCUGUUAAAAUUUGUGGAAUGAAGGUCUCUGCGGUGCCGCUGGCGUUCUGAGCCAGGGUUCACUGACUGUAGCAACUUCCCCUCACGGAGGUGGGAUGAAGCUUGUUGGAAUAUUUAUGGGGAGCUAUAUCUGCCUCUCCACUACCUACAUCAUCCCUCCCGCCUUAGCCCCAAGAGUGGUUUUUCCUUUGUGCUCAGGGAUUGGAUGUUAGGCAAAAAUUGGGGGAGAGAGUGCGUGAAGAGGAAUGGAGAGAGCUUAAGGCCACCUCAGAAAAGGUCUGGAGGACAUCAAGAAUGUACCAUGCGAGGUGGAAACACUUCACCAACCAUACCGUGAGGGAAAAGCCCCUGACCCCUGUCAUUUCGUCAUUAUUCCCCUCUUGGUUCACUGAGCGUGAACCAGUUUUUCCUCGCAUUCUGUUCCUCAGAAACUCCCGCAAGUCCUGAUCUUCGCCAAACACUGUUGGCUUCCCAAUGCUCUGAGGAGAAUGUGGAACUUGGGGAAAGGUAGCAAACCCCAAGCCCACAAGGAAAGCAGUGAACCCUAAAUUGAAAUAGGCAUUUUGAGGAGGAUGGGGGACUCCCUGGUUUCAGUUCCUGGGUGGCAAACACAUUAUAAAAUUCCGCGAGGCGCACCUCCAGGUAAAACAUUGCCUCUCUCUAUCAUAUAGUUAAGGCUCUCCGUAGCACUUCCAGGUGAUGGUAUCUUCGAGAGUAGUGUUUAUUCAUUCUUUUGCCUAAUCAGAGAACUCUAAUUUAUGGCAAUUUAGCAGGAAAAUCAAAAUUUAUCAUUUCAAAUAUAUAGCAAACCCAAGCUGGGUUCUGAGCUGGGGGAUAUAUAGUAUGGUAGUGUGAUCCUAUUUGCGAGGCAGGCAACAGCACACAGCUGAUGGCCAGAUUGAUCGGUUAGGGGAUUUUUACUUCUUUUACUUCAAAACUCCCGAGUUAAGUAUGGGCGUCGAUCUCAGCAUCUUGGAGGCAAGGCGGAAGAAGGAGUAAAGGUGGGCAGGGUGGACAUCCGUAAGAUGGAGAAGCAUCGACUUCCCGGGCUCCGACUCGGAGCAGGAUGUUGACGACUAUUCUAAGGGGAUUUGGCGUCUUUUCCUUGAAACCUCGAGACUGUAUUAAAAGUAUAGCAGGUCGCAGGUCUGUCCAGUCAACGUGAGAAAACGGACUUUCGUCACAAUGUUUUAGAAAUCUGUGGUACAUUUGUUUAACAAAGUAGCUCUAUUAUUAUUUUUUUAGAGACGCAUUUACAAAAUGAACUUCCUUUAUUUUACACCCGAUGAAUGAUGUGGGGGAAAAUACUGUAUAUCUAUGAUUCCUUUUUAGGCAAUAAAGCAUGUGUGUGUGUGUGUGUGUGUGUGUGUGUUUGUGUGUGUAAAAGAGAGAGAGAGAGAGAGAAUGUUAUGGUAUUUUUGGCGAUCCCAAAGGGAGUAAGGCGUUGAGGCUCAACGUCUUACCUCUGAUCUCCAGUGGAAUAUUUAUUUGCCAGUCCUGGAAACAGUGCUCCAUAAUGAAACCUGUUUGUUCCAGUAUGAAUUUUCAGUAGAUUAUUUUCAUUUUUGGAAACUGUGAGUAUUUUCUCCGUUGAGGUUUACAGAAAUUAGCCUACCCUUUCACCACACUGAAAAGCCCCUCUACACGGUAAGCUGUUUUCUAUUUCAGUAUUAAUGCACCUUCAUUGGUUGAGAAUAUGGCACUUUGGAGAAGACCACAGCCUGCUUUAAAAGAGAAUGUGGUUCACGUGUUCCAAGAGUCCUGAGUCUGGAGGAGUAUUGUUAUGCCUCUGACAUUCAGUACGAAUUUGUUUGGGAUUCUCCAGAAACAGAUUCUAUCAUCGACAAUUCUCUUGACUUUAACUGGAUUCCAUAGUUUCGUUUUCAGUGAAUAAUGCGCUUCCCUUCUAGUUCUGAAUGGACAUUGUUUGUUCCGUAGUUCAAAAUGCUAUCUCUUGAAGAUAGUAGUGAAGGGGUGUUGAAGUCCGUUUUCAGGAAAUGAAGUUGUGAAAUCACUAGAGAAAUGUUCUAAUAUGUUAUUACUUGAAAUGUACAAGUAUGCCCUGUGUAGAGAAAGAAAAACCCUCUGCAUUUCAGCAUAGUAUUUCCUUGUCUUUACACUGUUGUUUACUGAAUCAGAACUGGAUUUUUUUUUCUCAGAAUGAACAUAGUAGUUAAAAAAAGUAUUGUUCUCAAGCACUUUAACAUACAUAUCACAGAAACUGACAUGGGUUUUUCAGGUUUUGAAGUACAUUUAAAUACGGCUUUUCAUGCUAUGUUCUUUACAAAUAAAACUGGGAGAUUAAUAAAUUG